UAAAUAAAUAUUUAUUUAUACAUAAUUACCCCAUAAAAAACAUCGAAAGAUAUAUAAUUAUCGUUUAAAUGGAUAAAUUAUGAAUUCAAAUAUAUCGAUCUGUCGACCUACUAAUUAUGCAUAUUUCAAUCCCGGAAGUCACUCAGAACGAGGCUGUGACGUCAGUGGUUACAUCAAUCAUAUUUGACUGACGGGUGUAUAUACAUAAUUAGCGCUAUUUCAUUUCCGAAUAUCUUAAAGAAAAAUACAUGACAGUGAUUAAAAAUGGUUCUGUGUGCUGCCAGUGGGUGCAACAAUAGACAUAAGAAGGACAACUUAAUUAGUUUUUUUCGUUUUCCAAUUAACCCGCAAACCAGGAAGGCGUGGACACAUUAUUGUAAGAGAUGGGACUUCCUACCAGGCGCUAGUCAUAGACUUUGUUCCGCCCAUUUUACAAAUUCAUGUUACGAUCGUGACCCAGAAGUAAUGAAGAACCUCGAGGGAUGUCCUACCAUGAAGCCAAAACUCCGUCCAAAUGCAGUACCUGACAUUCCAUUGACGCAACCAACAACAGCUGAGCCAAAGCCACCUUUACCUAAGCGUGGAGCUUUUGAGAAGCGGAGAAAAGCUGAGAUUCUACAGCUUGCAUAUGACAACUAUGAACGAGAGACGGAAUGUGUACAACUCCAAGUACCAGACAGUACCACAACACCAGAACCAGAACCAGAGCUGCCAACCUCCAAUGUUACAGAGAACAAUACAUGUACAUCCAAAGUUACCAUGGUUACACAGACUACUCCACCACCAUCACCAAAAGUAGUAAAACACAAGAAAAGCCAAUCCUACCUCCGUCCACAGCAACGUACCAGGAAACAUCAAACAGAUCUUAAGAUUACACAACCUUCAGCAACAUACAGUACAAUUGCUACACAGACUGAUGAUGACAUUACAAAAUGUACAUGUGCCAGUACUCUACCUACAACAACUCACACCACUUCAGCCCAAAACUCUGAUGACGAUGAGGUUUCCAGCCAUGCAGAUAGUGAUGAGGACUACCAACCCUCAGAUGAUGAUCAGAGUUCUGAUGCUGACGCCGAUGACAUGAAUGAUGAACCCAAAAACUACCGUCUUAAUGCAAAAGCAACCCCUGAAGAACAGAAGCAGUUCCUUGUAAGCGAGUCAGCCCUAGCAGAGUUAUUGUCCGUGUGCAGAUAUUGCAGCAGUGAAGCUGUUCCAGUGAUUACAGUAUCCAAGGGAACCCUGAUUGAGACAAACUCUAUCUGUGUAAAUGGACAUUUGUCCAUCUGGAAAAGCCAGUCCAGCCACAACAGCCUGCCAUGGAGCAACUUAAUGACAGCUACAGCAAUUAUGUUAAGUGGAUGCAACGCAACAUCAGUUCUUAGAAUGUUUGACCACCUAAAUGUCCAGAUGUUUUCUAUGAGGACUUAUAACAGACUACAGUCUUUUUAUGUUUCACCAGCAGCUACCAUGGCCUGGGAUUCCGAACAGUCCAGUUUGCUACAGCAAUUGAGAGGGUCUGACGUUAUAUUGGGAGGUGAUGCAAGGUGUGAUUCCCCGGGUUAUUCUGCCAAGUAUGGGUCGUACACCCUAAUGGACCUACAGACAAAGAAAAUCCUUGACUUCCAAUUGAUACAGAGCAACGAGGUGAAAGGUUCAACGCACAUGGAACUAGAGGGCUUGAAGCGUGCUCUGGGAUUUCUCAAAGACUAUGUCAAUAUUAAAGAAGUUGUGACAGACAGACACUCAUCCAUCAAGAAGUACAUGAGGAUCAGCGAGGGUGACAAAAAACAUCUUUUUGAUGUAUGGCAUGUAGCUAAAGGUGUUUCUAAGAAGUUAGAAGCGGCAGCAAAGAAGAGUGGAGACAAAGACAUCCGUCCAUGGAUCAAAUCCAUUGUUAACCAUAUCUACUGGAUUUCCUCUUCUUGUGGAAUGGAUGGGGAUUUGAAGACAGCCAAGUGGUUGUCCAUCAUGAACCACAUGUGCAACAAGCAUGAAGGGCAUUCUAGCAUCUAUCCAAAGUGCGACCAUGGUGAAUUAUCACAAGACCGUCAAUGGCUUGAAGAAGGUUCUGUGCCGUAUAAGAGAAUGAAAGCUGUUGUAGAGAGCAAAUACCUUCUGACAGAUGUACCAAAGUUAUCUCCAGUAUACCAGACCUAUGCCUUGGAGGUUUUCCACUCUGUGGUUAACAACUUUGCACCAAAGAGCACCCACUUUCUCUACUCAUCUAUGCUUGCACGAUUGUGUGUUGCAGCAUUGCACUACAACGAGAACUGCAACAGAGAUAGAGCUUUCACUAAAGAUGGUCUGCAAUGCUUCAGCAUGGUUUAUCCCAAAGCAAAGAAAGGCAAAGAAGCUGUUGUUAAAUCCAGACCUUCGCCAGCUACUUAUGAUUAUGUUCUGCUGAUCAAGCAAGCUGUUGUUUCCAGAAGGGAACAUGACUGCUCGUCCUAUUCAAAUGCUGCAGGGGAUGUAAAGAUACUUCAAAACCAUUUUCCGGUCAGUUUGACACAGACAUUCGAGCCAUUCCAAAAGGCAGACCUCAUUUCAAGACACAGGUCACGCUUUCAGAGAUAGAGGAAAAUUAUUGAGAACAGUUUAAUGUUUGUACAAUAUGCAGUGGAUGAUCAUUGUAAUCUUUUACAUGUGAAUAAUAUUCAUGAGUUUUGAACAAUGCAGGCUUUGUUCAUGUUAUUUAUUGUGAAGAAAUAUCAAUCUUGAUUUUUUAUUUAGCAAUAAAAAAAAUGGUAUAAGGUACACUUUUAUUAUUUAAAUUAUUCUGUUGAUCUACUGUGCAAGGACAAAAAGUCAAUGUUUUUAUUAAAACAAGUGUUUCAUUUAAAAUAAAUAGUUACAAAAAGUCAUCAGUCCAAACUUAAUUCAUACAACUGCAUAUUUGAAGCCACAGUAUUCUUCAGACGGGAAACUGUCUCUAAUUUUUUUCACAACACAUGCAGGCAAGAUCUUUCUGUUGUGACGUCCAAGGCGAUGCCAUAUCCACUGAACAAAUCUCCUAUAUGCCAUAAACCUAUAUUUCCUACAAAGCAAAACAUCAAUUAUAUUCAUAUACAACUUUCAGUACCAUACUUUUAACUGAUGUAAAUAUAUUUACAAACAUACAAAGAAAGUUAUAAUGAAAAAUUUCUUAUUGACCUUU